AAUUUCUCGGCCGUGCCACUGGCAGGCACCACGGGCUUAGAUAAUAAUUGGCGGGACCCCGUCAACAACACGCGGCUUCCCCGGUUUCAGGCAGUUGUAGCCACGAUUCGUGAGAUCGUCGCAAACAUCGCUCGGUCACCACGCAUUCCACGUUUGUUCAAGUCUUGGAGCCCCUCCCUAGGAAGUUCUCUUCCUUGUCGACUUGACCGCCAUCCACUUCCUGGGACUUCUUAUGAUCCCGGGUUGCCACUAGACCCUGCUCUCGGCGACUCCGGAGCUUUGUUCUACUCGCAGGAACCUACCGCUUAGCUCCUAUUCAUGGUCAGAAUGAGAGGCUGGCUUCGGACCCUCGGCUUUACUGCCCUGCUGGCAGGAAGUGUACUUGCAAAUGAAGUUGAAUUGACACAGGAUGAAGCCCAUCGACAGCGAUGUUCGGGAAUGUACAGUCGCAAAGCUUGGGGAGGGAGCGUCGAUCCUUUCAUCUUGACCAAAUUCGUCCCCAAGUCCCAGACUGGUGACAGCGAUCCCCUCGUCAGUCUCGUUAUCUUCGAAUGGACCGAUGAGAACCUCAUCGGCCGGCCCAUACCCGGCGACUCCGGGGAGAGGGAGACCAUCUGCGAUGAGGCUAGUGUCCAGGCAAAUCUUUGCGAACAAGAUCAGGUUGGCUCUUUUAUCCUCGCUGCCAAUGUCAGCGAGGCCGCCAACUUUCCCAUCAUCACCAAAGCCGUCCAUCUGAAUGACCCCGCCGCCGUCAACUACCCUAUCAAAAAGACUGGAUUCUACUGUGUGAGCACGUAUGGAUACUCCGGGGUGGAUUAUGAAGCUGUGAUUGAAUUCCGGAACUCGUACGGAGAACUUCCCGCUGCCCAGAUUGCCAAGCUGCCAUUCUAUGGUGGUUUGACUAUCGUCUACGCGGUGGUUGGCCUGUUCUGGGCUUUCCUAUAUGUGCAAAACCGCCACGAUAUCUUGCCCGUACAAAACUACAUCACCGCAAUCCUGGUGUUCUUGAUUGUUGAGCAAUUGAUGACUUGGGGUUUCUAUGACUACCAGAACCGGCACGGAUUAAACGGCGGUGCUAAGGCAUUGAUGGUGAUUGUCGCUGUGCUUAAUGCAGGACGCAAUGCUUUCUCGUUUUUUCUUCUGCUGAUUGUGUGCAUGGGGUAUGGUGUUGUCAAGCCAUCGCUCGGUCGAACGAUGAUCUACGUUCGCGUUCUUGCUAUUACCCACUUCAUCUUCGCCGUGAUCUACGCUGUCGCCAGUUUAUCGAUUACUCCGGAUAGCGCCGGUCCACUCGUCCUACUCAUCGUGCUUCCCCUCGCCGGGACGCUGACGGCCUUCUACGUGUGGACCCUGAACUCUCUGAAUGCGACAAUGAAAGACCUCAUCGACCGAAAGCAGAAGGUCAAAGCCUUGAUGUACAAGAAGCUGUGGUGGUGCAUCCUGGGCAGUAUCAUCGUGAUCUUUGGCUUCUUCUUCAUCAAUUCUAUUGCCUUUGCAGGACGCAGCGAGGCCAGCUUCGUACCCGAGCACUGGAAGUCCCGGUGGUUCGUGUUGGAUGGCUGGUUGAAUCUCGUGUACCUCUUCGAUAUUGGCUUCGUUGCCUAUCUGUGGCGACCAACUGCCAACAACAGACGGUUCGCCAUGAGUGACGAGAUCGCGCAAGAUGAUGACGGAUUUGAAAUCCGAUCCUUCGCCAGCGCUUUGGACGAGGAGGACGCUCUUGGCGGUCCCGAGGUACCUUCGGCUUCGCAGCAGCGUCGUGAUUUGUCGCCGGUGCCUCCUAAGCCCGUUCCUGCGGCGCCGCACCAAAGGGAGUCCUUGGAUGGGGAGACCAUUUUCGCUGUUGGCGAAGACGGUGACAAAUGGUCCGAUGACGAGGACGAGUCGCCGCGUAACUCGGGCGAACGACAGCGGCUUACGGGCAAGGAUUAGAUCUAGCCGCAAGCUCAUAUGCCCUGUGUAGGGCAUGUUGUCUAGACAUCGUGUCUGCAACAUCUGCUUUCACGGUGCUCUGAUCCAACCAAGGCUGCCCUAUUCUUUCGGGAAAAUUGGAAGUGUUGGUGUUCUGUUGUGUUAUUUGGCUUGCAGGCAUAUGAUGGCGUUUGGCCUAUGGUGGAUUCCCGUCGAUGAGCUUUCCUUGUACCUUUCUUCUGUUGCUUCUUUCACGACGGAGACUGGGGUAUCUCUUGUGUUCUACUCUGUAUAGAUUCUUACCGUAUGUAGCUCCAACUAUGAAGCGAUGUUUUAAUUCUACCACCAAUCAUUCUGAAUA